AUGGCACUCUACCGUGCUGGUCAUACACCGGACGGGGAGAGGGAACAAGCCCUUAGAGCCUCCACCUUGCUGCUGUGCACUCAUGCAGCCCGUUGCGCAGAUGCUUUGUCGAUGCUCUCCGCAUAUAAGCAGGCUCUGGCGCAGCAGAUCUCUUUAAAUCGUGCUAUGCUUGCACCGAUCCGUCGCCUGCCUAUGGAGGUCCUAUCCCUGGUGUUCGAUGCGCUCAUUCAAGGGGACGAUCCAUUCCAUGCCCCUGCAACCCUCUCGCGCACCGUGAUGAAAGUAUGUCGGAUGUGGCUCACAACAGCGACGAGCAUGGGUGGUGUGUGGCGCUUCCUGGACAUACGAGAAGUAGACACAUUGUGCGAGCGGGACUGGUCACUUGUGCGCCGGCAUGCGGACCUGGCGCUAUCGAGACCGCUUCGCAUGCGCUGGAGCCACUGCUACUGCCCAUGGCGCUUGCGAUUGAUACUCGAAGCCUAUCGAGAACGCUGGGAGUACCUCGAGCUGACAGACAGCUGGGAUGGGUGCAGCCCGGUUACGGUCCCUCCUAUAAUGCUUCCAAGACUGGAGUGCGUCAGGCUUCGUCUGCAUGGUCGCUCUCGUCCUCGCGUACUGCAAUUCAUCGAUAUCGCGCCAUGUCUGAGGGAUGUUGCGGUGGAAGCACUCCUUUCGUACGGUGACAACAGCGACAGCAACGAGGAGGUUUUACCGUUCUUCCCUUGCUUCGCGUCUCCGGCACCGCGCCUCACACACCUAACCCUUUUCCUGUCACUCCCGCCGCUACUCUCGACAAUCAGGUCACUCCUGUUGGACUGUGCAGAAAGCUUGGUCGUUUUUUCGAUGUCGAGCGGAGUGGAUUGGGAUUGCCCAGACCCUCUAUUGGCCCCAAUUUGCAUGCGUCAUUUGCAAAAAAUGGACCUAGGAUGGGAGGCUUGUGAGCUGACCUGGACCAUGGAAGUACCCUCCCUGACAUCCCUGACUCUGCGCAAUAUCAUUGUGGAAGACGAUUCCGCGGCGCUUGAGGAUCUGGUCGCCAACCCAUUCGAUAUCGUGCUCUGGCUCUUUCGGACACCUGAGCAGGGCCCAAGGCUGACAUAUAUCAAGCUCGAGCGCGUAGACCCAGGGCUCCCACGCACAAUAGGCAAAUUCGUCCGUAUGGCAGAAAUGCUGACGGAACUCAAACAUCUGGUUCUGGAUGAUUCGCACAAUCGCCCGCGAAGCCAAAUUACCUACAACGAUCUCUUACGCCACCUUGAAUGCUGCAAGCAAAGUGUCAAGUUGCUGCCACGCUUGCAGACCCUUGAGGUCCUGCUGGGCUCACAAGGCGCUGACAUAGACACGUUCGUUGAUUUGGACGCGCUCUUGGAGUGUAGAAGACAGGAUCACCUGUGCGACACCCUCAGUAUAGCGUGGCUAGACACCUUGGUAUCAGACAUACCUCUGGAUUUCUUACUCGCCAGUUAUAUGCAUGGUACUGUUAUUCGACAUGUCGGGGCUACAUAUCCGCAGAACUCGUUCCCGCAACGCACACUGCUACAAGUUUGA